AUGAUUGCUGCCAAGUACACGGUACUGCUCGUUCUCAUAGCCAAUCUAGUAUUAAUACAAGCCGCUAGUCUCAAAGAUGUAGGCAGCGAGUUGAACGAGGCUCCGGCCCCCGACACCGACGUCGCCGUACACGAGAAAAAGGACAAGAAACACGUGGUCGAAGUCGACGAGGAGGUGGUCGAGCCGCACGCAAAGGAAGAGAAAGUGCACGAAAACGUAGAAGACGUCGUCGUGCACGAGAAGAAGGGUAAAGUUCCUAAAGUCCAGGAUGACGACUUGGACGUCGUCGAGCCGCACGCGGCCGAUCCCGAUACGAUUGGCGAGUGCAACUUUGACUUCGUGAAAGAUCUGGCGAAUCCUUACGUGCUCUACCUGAAGCCGACCAGCUACGACUGGUUCUACGCCAUCGGCAAGGGCCCGAUCCACAGCAACGCGGGUCCUUUCGCCCGACUCGCCUGCACAGCCGGUAAAAUCACCAUCGGCAGCGAAUUGACCAAAUACAAAUCGGUGCUGGUGCAGUGCGUGAACGGCAAAACGGUGCAGAUCGUCGACACGGAGAUCCAGGCGAAACUGCGCGACAUCGGCUGCUCGGCCUACCAGGAGCCGAUCACACGGCUGACGAAGCACGAGACCGUGAUCGGCAAGACGAUAGCCCAGGUGGGCUUCAGGGUCGACUCGACCCACUUCGUGCCGGUGAUCGACGAGAUCGCCGUGAGCCGCAUCAGCCGCGGCUACAUACCGCGCUGGGCGCAUUACUCGGUCCUGCCGCUGGCCUCGAUGAGCGAGCAGAAGGCCAAGUCCAAGCUCAAGCUCAAGUACGGGCCGCUGUCGGGCGAGACGGAUUACAAGCUGGCCUACGACAGGAUGUACCAGAGACAAGCCAUGAAAGUCAUCUUCAAGGGCGAUAAGAUCGUCGACAAGUACAUGCCGCUAAACGGCAGCGACUACUUCGCGCCCGCUCAACUGGUCCAGCCCGAGGACUUUGUCUUCGAGGCGCAGUCCAACGCCACGGUGUUCUACGAGCUGACCACGCCCGUCUGGCAGAGCGUAGCCGAGGGCAACUGGGCCCUCACCGACCGCAUAAUCCGCGACUACUCGCGCAAGCACUACAGCAAGGUCGACGUGUUCUCCGGCACGUACCUGGCCCUCUAUCUGCCCGACAAGAUCGGCCUGACGACCUACAUCACACUGCCGGAGGAUCUGCGCCCCGCCCAGUUUCUCUUCCGCUACGCCGUCGACCGGUCCACGCGCCAGGGCGUCGUCUUCGUCACGGUGAACAAUCCCCAUCUCGAGUCGGCCGACCAGCGCAACGUCAUCUGCGAGCCGCUGGACAAGUGCCAGCAGGACUACAAGGAGUUCGCCGACUUCAAGCGGGGCUACACCUACUGCUGCAGCACCGAGGACUUUGACAGGCACGCCAAGAGGCUGGGCCUCCCCCUGGUCGAGCCCUACCCGGCGGCGGCGGAGGCUUUGUGAAUAACCGCCGAUAACGUAGCUUUUAAGAAAUAUUUUGUUCUCUUUGGUUUUUUUCUCUUUACCAG